AUGGUAUCGUACAUCGAUAAACAGCGGCAAGCUGACUUGGUUGACAUGCAGAAAUUUGAGAAGUGUGAAUUAGACGAAAAAGAAUUGGCAGCUGAGAUCGAUUCGCACGGUGCGUGGCGGGACGCAGUUAAGAAGUCGUACCGUACAGCACAGGAACUUUUAGAAGCACACGUGCAUAAAAAGGAGCCGUUGAGUCCUAGUGUUGAUGCGAGUACAAAAGUAGUUAAAACUGUGAGUUCCUGUCAGGCAAAGCUACCUACGUUGGAACUACCACGUUUCUCUGGAGUGCUGACAGAAUGGCAGGCAUUCUAUGAAAAGUUUGUGACAAUAGUACAUGACAAUAGAGACAUUCCUGUCGUAACAAAAUUCGCAUACCUGACCUCUCUCCUAGAGGGGGAGGCGAAGUCAGUGGUGACAGGUCUGAGCAUCACAAAAGAUAACUAUAGUGCUGCUAUCGAGCUCCUGAGGGAGCGAUUUGGCAAUAGGGAUCGACUGAUAUUUUCCCAUAUCCAAGCCUUGCUGAAUGUUUCGCUACCGUCUCCGACUGUUCGAGGUUUGUGGUCCCUACAGGACACAAUACAGACACAUGUUAGAAAUUUGGAGUCCCUCGGUGUCAAUGGGGGAACGUAUGGUCUGUUUCUCACGCCACUCAUCUUGUCUAGACUGCCCAAUGAUAUCAGAAUGGAGUGGGCUCGAAAUGGUGCUGGGAAAGAGAGCGACUUGAUUGGUCUUUUGGAAUUUCUUAAAUUGGAAAUUCAACGUCGUGAACGAGCAGAGACAUUCAAAGACAUGAAUUUAUCAGCACAACCGAGUGCAUGUGCAUCGCCUUCGUUGAGCAAGCAGACAGUUAAGCAACGAGUUCCUACUGCCUCAGCAAUGUUCAGCAGUGGGGAGAAUUCGAAUAGUGACAGUAACAACUGUGUGUUUUGUUCCAAAAAACAUCCGUCUGAUAAAUGCUGGGAUGUGAAGAAAAUAUCGCUUAGUGAACGCCACAAGUUGAUCAAGGACAGUGGAGCGUGUUUUCGCUGCCUUUUGAGAGGUCACCUGGCAAAAGGUUGCAUGGCCAGAUGUAGGGCUUGCAAAGGCAAGCACAAUGAACUUCUGUGUGAUCCGAGUAGGAGAGCUGCUCAGAAGAAUCCCUCCAAUUCAGGUCAGUCUGGGGCUGCAGAUCGGAACUCCAUGAAACCGGUCACAUCGCAUGUAGGUGUGUCCUGUUCUACCGAGGGGGUUUUGACUGUACCCCAGGUUGCCCGCGUCCUCGUUAAAGGCGAGAGGGGUUCAGCAGAAGCAACUGUUAUGUUCGACUCUGGGUCUGAUACCUCAUGUGUUUGUUCUGAUUUUGUAGAGAAAAUCGGUCCUAAGUGGGUGACUGCCAAAAAGAUGUCCUUUGCAGUCUUUGGUGCAAGUUCUCUAUCAGCCAGUAAGGUACAUAAUGUAUACAGCCUGGAUAUGCAGGCAAAUGACGGUGUCACAAGAUCACUUAAUGUUGUCAGAGUGAAAGCGAUUAGUCCACCUAUGGAACGACCAAGGGUACCAAACCACUUAUUAAAAUCACUUGGACAUAUGAACAUAGCAGAUGACUACAACACGGAUAAAAAAGUCACAGUUGACAUCUUGAUUGGCCUUGACAUGUAUUGGAAAUUUGUUAAACAGGGUUUCAUACAGGUCACCACUGGUCUUGUAGCUCAAGACACCAUCUUUGGGUAG